UUCGCAUUCCAGAGAAAUGUGAUUUCCAGAUCUCCAACCGUGGAGGAUCUUUUUAGGACGAAAACAGCUGGAUUGUAGACUAGGGCAGAACGAGUUUCAGUGUUAUUAACGAUGUUGAGAAUGAAAACUAUUUGUAGUAAAGUGUCAGAGCCCUCCAAAACGACUUCUAGAAAAUAGUUGGAUAACCAUUUUUCAUUUUUAUUGGAGAGGAGCUGGUCGCGGAUCAAUUCCCGGUGUGUGCGCACUGCACACUAUUUACAAUGGCAAAAAAAUCGACUAAGAUACCUCUAUGGACUGUUUUACUUUCUACAAGUGUUGGCAUCAUUUUGGGGAAUCUGGCCAGUGCUGAGCAUCAUGGGAGUCCCUAUGUUUACCGUGUCUCUGGAGGACCUGGUCGUGGCCGUGGCAUUGUUUCCCCCAGCAUGCCAGGACGUCAGAUUCGCUCCCCACAGCCCACCGCACCCCCCGAGACCCUCAUCGUACCAGCCCACAGCCCGAGGGUCCACCUCAGCCAGGAUGACAUCAAGAAGCUGAGGUUCAAGCCCACGGUGGGGUCGGUGCACCUAUCAGAGGGCCACAAGGCCAAGUUCAACUGCUCCAUCGAGGUCCCUGACAACCACCUGGACCUCACCGUGCUGUGGUGGAAGAACAACAUGGAGCUGGCUGAAAACAUGCAGGUGGUCAUCAACGAACUACAGACCGUCACACAUGGGGUCAUGACCCUGCUGUCCACCGUCAGCAUAACUCGUGUGCAGAGAGCUGACGCUGGGGACUACCACUGUAGACUGAGAGUCAGUGACAUAGAGAUAGAGUCCCAGCCUAUCAGCAUUCAGGUCGAAGGUCUACCAACGUUCACCAGACACCCAGAUGACAUGAACGUAACUCGUAACAGCCCCUUUAACCUGUCAUGUGAAGCGGUGGGUUCCCCGAAUCCUAUCACGAUCCGCUGGCUACGCAACGGAGUUCCUGAGAUGGGGUACCUUACCUCCCCCAGCAAGUACACUGUACCAGGUGUGGACAAGUAUACCCAGUUCAACUGUGAGGCCCACAACCAGAAAGGUGUCACUACUUCCAGGGAAGCUAACAUCAAUAUUAAAGUGCUUCCAGCUCCUGUCACUGAGGUCACAGUGAUACAAUGUGAAUCUAACAAACUAGUUCUGAGAUGGACCCCUGGACACGAUGGAUUCUCCCCACUCACUACCUGCCAGAUCAGGGUGAAAGAGGUGAGCCGGAGGAGAGGAGAGGUCAGGCUGGCUAGGAUCAUCAACACUAUAGCUCCUCCUUUCCAGAGUGAUGUCCCAGGGUUACAGGCCAUGACCUGGUACAACGUUAGUGUCUCCUGUAGCAACGAGCUCGGCCAAUCACCAGUCAGUACCUGGGUCCAGAGCAGCACUACAGAAGGAGUACCGUCAGUCUUCCCCCAUAACGUGACUGUUCAGCUCAACGAAUCAAUGCUGGUGAUCCGAUGGAAUGCCCCGCCUCCAGACAGGGUCAACGGAAUCCUCAUGGGGUAUGAUGUCAUCGUCACGUAUGGGACGCGGGUCAACAAUAUCCGCAGCUCCUCCAACACUGGCGCGGUGGCCCUACAGGAGUUCAACACUACAUACGUUGUUCAGGUAGCUGCCGUUACUCAGGCAGGGCGUGGCAUGCUCAGUCCACCGGUUAGGAUCUUCGUACCAGAGAACAGUUGGCCCCUGUCUCCCUCCUCCAUUCCAAACACCAAAGGAUCAGACUCUGUGUACAUCGUACUAGGGGUGGUGUGUGGCUUCUGUAUCCUGCUGCUAGUAUUCUGGGCUGCUUUCUACAUGAGAGGCAGGAUACUAGACACACGCUUUGGUCAGAUGUUUGGAAGUGCAGAGAAGCUUCCACCCAUCGUCCAGUACAGGCCCCAGAGGUCCUACAACCGAUCAACCAUUGAAAUCACACUUGGUAACCUGGGUGUGAGUGAUGAGCUCCAAGCCAAACUACAGGACUUCAUGAUUAUGAGAAACCUGCUUUCCAUCGGGAAGGUUCUGGGACAGGGUGAAUUUGGCUCUGUUGUGGAGGGACGUCUGAAACAACCGGACGGAGCGUCUGAGAAAGUGGCUGUGAAGACCAUGAAACUGGAUAACUUCUCCCAGAGGGAGAUAGAGGAAUUCCUGAAUGAGGCUGCUUGCAUGAAGGACUUUGACCACCCUAACGUCAUCAGGCUGCUAGGUGUUUGUCUUGAGGCGGGGUCUUGUCACUUCCCCAAGCCCAUGGUGAUCCUGCCCUUCAUGAGGUAUGGAGACCUCCACAGCUUCCUGCUGCGCUCACACCUAGGAGACAAUCCAUUGUUCCUGCCCAUUCAGACGCUCCUGAAGUUUAUGAUUGACAUCGCCAUGGGGAUGGAAUACCUCAGUGGGCGGAACUUCCUCCACCGCGACUUGGCUGCACGCAAUUGCAUGCUGCGCGAUGACAUGACGGUGUGCGUGGCAGACUUUGGCUUGUCUAAGAAGAUCUACAGUGGUGAUUACUACAGGCAGGGCAGGAUAGCCAAGAUGCCUGUGAAAUGGAUCGCAGUGGAGAGCCUGGCUGACCGAGUCUUCACUGUAAAGAGUGAUGUGUGGGCGUUUGGUGUGGCCAUGUGGGAGAUAGCGACGCGGGGCAUGACGCCAUACCCUGGCAUCCAGAACAAUGAGAUUUAUGACUACCUACUGGAGGGCCACAGGCUGAAGCAGCCAACUGACUGCCUAGAUGAACUGUAUGAGAUCAUGUACAGCUGUUGGCGUGCUGACCCCCUGGACCGCCCCGUCUUCACUCAGGUAAGAGAACUGUUGGAGAAGCUGACAGAGAAACUUCCAGAGGCUUCUACCAGCAAAGAGGACAUCAUCUACAUUAACACCAGUUUCCCUGAGGAGGAGCAUGGGGCUUGUGCAAACCCCCACCAGGAUUUGCCGCUUUUGAGCUCCUCCCCUUCCUGCAAUCAUAGCAACCAAUUCAGCCCCUCCCCUUCCUGUUGCCACCAGUUUAGCUCCUCCCCUUCCUGCAGCCAGAAGAGACCGGAUCUCACCCUUUCCAGUUCCUUCUCCUCCUGCAGUCAAAAUCAGAGACCAACUAACAGAGAUCUGGUGACAGCGGACAUCCACGAGUGUAAGGAAGAUGAUCGUGACGUUGUUGUCAUCUCUAAUGCCAAUCGGAGUGGGGACCCUGCUGUCGCCAUGACCACGGCAACAACAGCAGCAGCAGCAGCAGCUGUGGACAGUGACACUCCCUUGUUCUCGAGGGAGGGCUUGUGUGGGGCUAUGGGUGGAGCUACUCGUGACUCAGUGGGUGAUGUCACUGGAAUGGAGCAGCACGCGAGUGACACCACGCUGUUACUCUGAAGAGCGUGGAAUAUUGGGACUACAAAUCCAGGGAUUUUAAACCAGAAAGAUAAAAUAAAAGCUCUCUCUCAGGCAUCAUGUCUGAUGAUAAUACAUAUCCUUCUUGUCUGCACUCUGGUCUGUUGAGGACAUUAUAGGUAUGGUAAUGACCCUGCCGUUGAUGAGCACGAUUACCGCUCACCCAAGGGAGCUAGCUUUCUUGGAGCAGCGGUAACGUGUCUGGCUCUGGACACUAUGGUACUGGGUUUGAAUCACGCCUCGGAAUAUCUUGCUACUCCCUCAUUUUGUUACAGUAUGAAGAGAUGUUACUGUGGAUCAUGAGCACAUAGGCCUUCUGCUUGGUGCAGCAUGUGCAGUCUGGAGUUGCUACACUUCCUGUUUCAACAAGGAUCUGCCCUGUUUCCGUAGAAAUAUAAUCCCUAUUUCUAUGAUUCUGUCUUGUGGCAUGAUUAAAACAGUAUUAUAGGCUUGUCUAUUCCCCAAUGCUUUGCAUUGAAAUAAUUCUGACCAGUUUUCCAGUGGAUAUUUAUACCUAAAAUGGUUAUUAAUGCAAGAGAUGUACAUAAGAGAUGCUACAUUUGCACAUCUCUCUUAUAGUAUACAGUAUUUCCAAUGAAAUAAGCAAUGCUCAAGAAUGAAGUCAGAUAUUGAAAGCUGUGAACAAGGCAUAAAUAUGGCUAACCACUGUUAUAAGUCAUUAGUACUACACUCCCAUUACAAUCAAGAGGCCAACUAAACGUUUGCAUUCAAACUGUAUGUAAAAUGCCUUUUAUAUAUUGAAGUAUUUUUUAAGUGGCAUUGUGUAUAUGAACUUUACCUACUAAGUGUAUAUAUAGUAUUGUGUACAUAUGAUGUUUUAUAGUCUGAAAAAAAUAAACAGUUUUGGGUCUCCGAGGACCCUGUACAGCCUUGAGGCACUCCACCAAGGUUAGGCAGUGGACCCGUGAAUGUGCACAAGAUCUAAUAGUUUAAAUUAAAGAUUUUAAUGCAAGUACAACUUUUGUUAAAUAUAGUCAAUGUUGAUAUUGACUUGUUAGUGAUUUGCAUGAUUUUGUCAUGAUGUCAUAAACGAUUGAUUAAAAAUAGCACAUUUUUGUA